AUGUCAGAGUACAUGGGGCUGAUUGUCGGUUGUUACGAGGCCAAAGAAGGAGGAUUCCGUCCUGGAGGUGCAUCGCUGCACUCGAUGAUGACACCACAUGGCCCAGACAAGACCUGUUUCGAUAAGGCGUCGAACGAAACGUUGAAGCCGCAACGUGUAGCAGAAGGAACCAUGGUAUGUUUCCGCUAA